UCCGUUUCCCUGUGUUCCACCGAUGGCUGUGCAGUACAAAACGGCUGCACAGGAAGCACUUCUGAAGACCGUGCCAUUCCAGAAGCUGCGACCGCCUAACAAAAGGGUGCUUCCUGCCGCUCACACGGACUCCUGCUCGGCGGCAGCGCCUUUCGGGCAAGCGUCACUCCGGAGGGUUCGCCGAGCCGUGGCCGAUGGCAGACACGCUUGCUGCCAAUCCGGCGUGUUCGAUCCAGCCGGUCCUUGCGACUCAAGUCACGAAGAAGGGGGCUACCCCGUGUGCCUCGCGCGAGGAGAAUUAUUUAUGACCGCCAAUAUUCGCCGCGUCUUCGCGAAUAAUGCAACUCCCUGCCGACGAGCCCGGCGAAGUCAUGGCCCAACCAGGCAACAAAGCAAAUGGUCACUGCUGGGAAAAAACAAAGAUGCAUGGCGUGAUAUACAAAGCGCGGAGCAGAAAUGCCAACAGCAAAGUCAAAUCGAAGCAGAUACGUUGGCGAGAACUGAGGCACACGUGCGUGGUUUUCGGUAGACUGUUUGCUUUUGUCUGGCGUGCCCUUAGCGCAGCUGUGACCGCCACUGCGGCUAUCAUGCGCGGCCGCCUCAGCCCCUACGUCGACCGUUGCCGUGAACACCGUGCCGCCGUCGUUGCAGACUCUAUAUUGCGCUACAUGGCCGUAGAAGAGGAAUGCAGCCUUCACUUUGGUGUCACAUUUGUUGGCGGCCCAUCAGGGACCUUUGAGCACGGAGUUCUCCCUGGAGGGCCUGCGGAAAUCAGGAAGAGAGCGCAACGAGUGCUGAUUGCCUUCAUGCGAGACACGGGGCUCUUCUACACGUGGUGACACACACAGUGACACUCAUAGGAGGCGCAGGCGGAACAGUUACUGACAAUGAAUGCAAGGCUAACCCCGCCUGAGACACCACCACCAAGAUUACACAUUGGACAGGCGUAAAAUAAAUACAAUUGUGCGCAUCGCCGCUAGUUGCAUUAUAAUACAUGA